CCGGUGUGUGUGUUCCACUAGAACAUUCAAAACUGUUUCUCCAAAGAGUUCUGCAGAAACUCAGACUGUUUUCUAAAGCAGAAGCACCACAGUCCACAGUGGAAGCAAUGGGCAGCGUGCGAACCAACCGCUACAGCAUAGUUUCCUCAGAGGAGGACGGAAUGAAGCUGGCAACAAUGGCUGUUGCCAAUGGCUUUGGGAAUGGGAAGAGCAAGGUACACACCAGGCAGCAGUGCAGGAACCGGUUUGUCAAGAAAGAUGGCCACUGCAAUGUCCAGUUCAUUAAUGUGGGUGAAAAAGGACAACGUUACCUAGCAGACAUCUUCACCACCUGUGUGGACAUUCGCUGGAGGUGGAUGCUACUUGUCUUCUGUCUUGCUUUCAUCCUCUCGUGGCUGUUUUUUGGUUGUGUGUUUUGGUUGAUUGCCUUAUUGCAUGGGGACCUAGAAAGAACAGAAAGACUUUGUGUCUCCGAAGUGCGUAGCUUCACUGCAGCCUUCCUUUUCUCCAUCGAAACACAGACAACGAUUGGCUAUGGCUUUAGGUGUGUCACAGAUGAGUGCCCCAUUGCAGUCUUCAUGGUGGUUUUUCAGUCAAUUGUUGGUUGCAUCAUUGAUGCCUUCAUCAUUGGUGCUGUCAUGGCUAAGAUGGCUAAACCGAAAAAGAGAAACGAAACGCUCAUCUUCAGCCACAAUGCUGUAAUAGCCAUGAGGGAUGGAAAACUGUGCUUGAUGUGGCGGGUUGGAAAUCUGCGCAAGAGCCACUUGGUGGAAGCACAUGUCAGAGCCCAACUCCUCAAAUCUCGGAUCACUACUGAAGGAGAAUACAUUCCUCUAGAUCAAAUAGACAUCAAUGUUGGCUUUGACAGUGGGAUAGAUCGCAUAUUUUUGGUCUCACCCAUUACAAUUGUACAUGAAAUAGAUGAAGAGAGCCCUUUGUAUGAUUUAAGUAAGCAAGAUAUGGACAAUGCAGACUUUGAAAUUGUUGUAAUAUUAGAAGGCAUGGUGGAAGCCACUGCCAUGACCACUCAGUGCCGUAGCUCAUAUCUGGCAAAUGAAAUCCUCUGGGGCCACCGUUAUGAGCCUGUACUAUUUGAAGAGAAAAACUACUAUAAAGUGGACUACUCGAGGUUCCACAAAACAUAUGAAGUGCCGAACACACCCCUUUGUAGUGCCAGAGACUUAGCAGAAAAGAAAUACAUCCUUUCUAAUGCAAAUUCAUUUUGCUAUGAGAAUGAAGUGGUCCUGACAGGCAAAGAAGAUGAGAGUGACAAUGGGGUGCCUGAGAGCACAAGUACAGAUACCCAUCCAGACCUGGACCAGCACAGUCAAACAGGGGUACCCCUAGAACCUAGGCCUUUAAGGCGAGAAUCUGAAAUAUGACUAAGACAAAAGAUCUUCGCUAUGGUUAUAAAAUCUAUCUGUCAGCAACAGGCAUGCUAUGCUGAGAGAUGGCCAUUUUGCAAAUGAUGGUACUGUUUCACAGAAAUGGGCAUACAGCCCUGAGGAAUCGGCCUAGGCUGGUUAAAAGUGCUGUCUUCAGAAGAGGAGCAGCAGAAGCGUUAACUUGGAAUGUAAAGCACUAUGUCUAUGUGUGGCAAGAAGGCACAUAUAUGUUGUAUAAUAAAUUAUGUGUAUAUAUAUUUUUUACAAAACUUGAACUUGCAGGCAAGCUUUGGUUGAGUUCUGUUGUUUGACAUCUAUAUUUUCCCCCCAGAAUGUUUCUCUCUUGGGAACAAAAAUGUUUUUAAUGGCAUAACAAAGGCAUGAUAACUGCCUUAUUACUAUUUUUAAAGCUGCUGCUAACUACAAGAACAUGAAUGGUAAUAUUUUUUGUUGUAGUGUAGCUUUCAUUUUUU